UCAUAACAUUCAGAUCCGCUUUGUGCGACAUGGUGAUUCAAUGAAAAGGGGAAAUCUGUAAAGAACAGAUUAAAGUAUUUACACCUAAGUAACGGGACGUUUUAGGGAACUUUUUUUAGCCUGUUAGUACAACCUGCGCCUGAGAAUUGGAAUGGCAGAGGUGGGUCUCUUUCACGGGCCACUGGAAGUAGACAUUGCAGGGUUUUCGACAUUGGCCGACUCUCCGGGUGUUUUGAGCGACCGACUUGGACAGAUCGAAGGAAGGCUGCAGAAAGGAUCGAAUAGCGAUUUCACCCACAUGAAUGGCAUUUUAAGGCGACGGCAGCUUUACUGCAGGACGGGGUUUCAUCUCGAGAUUUUCCCAAACGCUACCGUACACGGAACCCGUCAGGACAACAGUCGAUACGGGAUUCUGGAAUUUAUUAGUCUGGCUGUGGGUCUGGUCAGCAUUCGUGGGGUUGAUGCUGGGCUUUACCUGGGAAUGAACGAGAAGGGUGAGCUCUAUGGUUCGAAGAAAUUAACGACUGAAUGUGUCUUCCGUGAAUGGUUUGAAGAGAACUGGUACAACACGUACACUUCAACAUUGUAUAAGCAUGCAGAUACAGGAAGAUUUUACUAUGUGGCUCUGAAUAAAGAUGGUUCUCCAAGAGAAGGCUCCAGAACAAAAAAACACCAAAAAUUUACCCAUUUUCUACCAAGGAAAGUGGAGGCAGAAAAACCAAAUGUGUCUUACAGAGACCCGUUCCACCACAGGUGACAUAUUGAGUGCGCUGCUGAGCUUCUCACCCUGCACCUUCUGUAAGCUCUUCAACACACCACCGCAACGUAAUCCAUUUUAUCAGAUUGACUUUUUUGAAAUGCAUCGCGCAGUUAGUGCUAAUAGUCAUUCUGGGAAUUUCUGCUAUAGACUAGAUGUACUGCAAGAAAAACUUUCAGUUUCAGUGAUAUAUUUAUAAAAACCAGAAGAGAAUGUUCUCGGCUGAAAAGAUCUACACGUUGGGUUUGAUAAAAAUGUACAGAUGACUUGUUCCAUAUUGGGGAACAUUUUAAAAGGAGGAUUUACAAACUGAUUCAUGUAUUUAUAAAAUGUGCAUUGUAUUUAUUAUAUAUAAAUUUAUUUAUUACAAAGGAUUUAUUUUUAAACUUGAAAAAUAUCAGGAACUAUUGAUUCUACUGAAAUAUGAUCAUAAAGAGUAUGUGGGGGAAAAUGCAAUAAAGGUUUCUUGCUGUAAUAAAAGACUUGUGAUUGAAUUUUCUUCAACUCACCACUGUAAUUAAUAAUUUAUU